AUGUCCACUUCUGUUUCCAAUACUAUUCUCUGUACUGGUAUUUUUCUCCUACAAGUUCAUGUUAGUUUGAUCCUGGCUUCUAUUAAGCUUUUGAUCUUACCCGUCAAAAGUUGCAGUUUGUACAGAAUGAUUUCUACUUCAUUUUUAUCUAUGGAGGGAAUUAGUUUUCUUCUUAUUUUAUCUUAUUCUGCAUGGAAAUUCUAUCUAAGCGAGUCAUCUCUUGUGUACUUAGGAUACGCUGAAAUAUCAAGUCAUGUCAUUUUCUUAACUGUUAUCUUUUGUCUUCUAUAUGUCUAUGAAAAGUUGUUACCAUCAUUACAAUCAGAAUUAUUUUCUAUGGACAAAAUUACUAUUUUACCUCCUGAUUCUUGUAGUCUGUGCACUUUAUCACUGUUUCAACCCAGUAUUUUGACAUCAGAUGUUACUCUCAACUUCAGUGGCGAAUGCCAGCACUUAAUGCAUACAUCAUGUGCACAAAUUUCGGAAUCGAUCUCAUUCCCUUGCUUGCGAUGUUCUAUAGAAUCUUUCAGCUGUGUACAGGAUGCCAAUAAUAAUUUGGCGAUUUUCAAUGAAUUACACUCUAACUAUGCUGACUCUGAAGUAUCUAAUACUUCGAAUUCACUGGAAGAAUCUUCAUCAAAUUCUUCCAUUUAUGAUGAUAAAGACGUAGAUUUAAGUGUUUAUUUAAAUUUCGAUCAAUUCAAUAAAAGCAAUGUAAGCCGAACAUUACGUAGACUGGAUGGAUCCAGUUCUUCUUUGUUUUCUGUUGAUGACGAUGUUGACAACGACGUUUUAUCAACAGACAGUGCCGAGUGGAAUUAUAAUAAUCCUAGUUGCGAAUCAGAUAUAAGCAACUUUUGAACACAAAAACAUAUUAUUCAGCACUAUCCACUUAUUUUUGACUUUCAAAACUAAUAUUUUUACAUCUUUUUUUCUCUGGGAAAAAAGAUGAUAUCCCACCUAGUCUUUGCAUUUGUACUUGCUAAGAGUCGUUUAUACUAUAUUUUACAAACCAUCAUAUUUCUA